AUGCUGUCGGAACCAGUCCCAGGGGCCGUGGAACCGGAGCAGUUCGGAGCAGUGAAGCUAGAGGACGAUGAGGUCGGCAAGGAGGACCCCAGGCUGGCUGAGGCCAGGCCCAGGCCCGAGGUGGCUCAUCAGCUCUUCAGAUGCUUCCAAUACCAGGAAGAUAUGGGGCCGCGGGCGUCCCUGGGCCGGCUCCGGGAACUAUGCCAUCACUGGCUGCGGCCGGCGCUGCACACCAAGACGCAGAUUCUGGAGCUGCUGGUGCUGGAGCAGUUCCUGAGCGUCCUGCCCCCGCAUGUGCUGUGCCGCCUACAGGGCCAGCCGCUCAGGGAUGGAGAGGAGGUGGUUCAGCUGCUGGAGGGCGUGCCCCGAGACACCAGCCACGCGGGGCCACUGGAUUUUAGCUUCAGUGCUGCCAAGAGCGCUCCUGCAGACAGCAUCUCAAAGGGACAAAACAGCCCUUCCCAGGUCCCUGGCCACAGCCCCAAAAGGGAGCUACCCUCGGAGGAGACCCCGGUGGCUCAUCGGUUCAGUGAAUCAUCCGCGCCUCAGGCAGUGCCCGUCCGGCCUGCUGACCCCGAGGAGUGGACGCUCGCUCCGAGUUCAAAUUGGCCAGUGAGCCCGGAGCCCCAGGAGAUAUUCCAGGACCUGCCAGAAAGCAACCCCUCUCAGGCCCCCCCAUGGCUUGAGGAGCAUUCCAGAGACCAAGAGCUGGCAGCUGUGCUGGAGUCCCUUACCUUUGAGGAUUCCUCAGAUAAGAAAGCCUGGCCUGCAAACCCUCUCGGAUUUGGGAGCAGAAUACCCGACAAGGAGGAGCUUAAAGCCGAAGAGCCUCAAGCGACUGCUUGGCCUGUCGUCCCAGAGCUCCAGACAGAGAACCCGGGAGUCCCAGGAGAGGCCCUCACACUAGGGCAGGAGACGAGCGGUGUUGGUUGGGAAGGGGCCCCGGCUGAGGGCGGUGAGGUUGUGGCGGCCAGGGUGGCUGCAGACGGCCCGCAGCCGCAGGCGGAGACGCAGUUCAUCUGCACAGAGUGCGGGGUGAACUUCCGGAAGAUGUCCCAGCUGAAGACCCACCAGCUGCAGGCCCACCCCGGCUCCCGAGCCCACCUGAAGGCCCGCUCCUUCCAGUGCCUGUGGUGCGGGAAGGUUUUCGGGCGCAGCUCCAUCCUCAGGCUGCACGUGCGCACGCACACCGACGAGCGGCCGCACGCCUGCCACCUGUGCGGCCACCGCUUCCGCCAGAGCUCGCACCUGGCCAAGCACCUGCUGACGCACACCUCCGAGCCCGCCUUCCGCUGCGCUGAGUGCGACCAGGGCUUCCAGAGGCGCUCCAGCCUCAUGAAGCACCUGCUGGCCCACUCCCCGGAGCAGAAGCCCGGGGCGGACUCGGAGGGCAAGGGCAGGGCCAAGACGCCGGCCACGCCCGCCAUCCCCUGCCCCCACUGCGGCCAGACCUUCCGGCGACACUCCAGCCUCAAGCGCCACCUGCGCGCCCACGCCAAGGGCAAGGACCGGGGGCCCUCGGGAGACCCCGGCGGGCCCCGCCCCCGGCGCGAGAGCAAGCCCCACGCGUGCGCCGACUGCGGCAAGGCCUUCCGGCGGAGUGAGCACCUGCUGGCCCACCGGCGCGUGCACACGGGCGAGCGCCCCUUCUCCUGCCAGGUGUGCGGCCGCUGCUUCGCCCAGAGCGCGCAGCUGGCCAGCCACCAGCAGGUGCACACGGGCGAGAAGCCCCACGCCUGCCCGCAGUGCGGGAAACGCUUCGUGAGGCGCGCCGGCCUCGUCCGCCACCUGCUGACCCACGGCGGCCUCCGGCCCUUCCACUGCGCCCAGUGCGGCAAGAGCUUCCGCCAGAUGCGGGACCUGACCCGCCACCUGCGCAGCCACACGGGCGAGAAGCCCUGCCGCUGUAGCGAGUGCGGGGAGGGCUUCAGCCAGAGCGCGCACCUGGCCCGCCACCAGCGCAUCCACACCGGCGAGAAGCCCCACGCCUGCGACACCUGCGGCCACCGCUUCCGCAACAGCUCCAACCUGGCCCGCCACCGCCGCAGCCACACCGGCGAGAGGCCCUACAGCUGUCCCACCUGCGGCCGCAGCUUCCGGCGCAACGCGCACCUGCAGCGCCACCUGGUGACGCACUCCGGGGCGAGGCCGGAGGCCGAGGCCUCCCAGGAGUGCCCCGAGUGCGGCAAGACCUUCAACCGCAGCUGCAACCUGCUGCGCCACCUCCUGGUCCACACGGGCGCCAGGCCCUACUCGUGCGUGCUGUGCGGCCGCGGCUUCAGCCGCAACUCGCACCUGCUGCGCCACAUGCGAACCCACGCCCGGGAGACGCUCUACUGACCCCGCGGCCGGUCCCCCACCACCUCCCCGCGGGAGGCAGGUUCCCUGGGAUGCCCCCUUCGCACCUCCCUCCUCCCGGUUC